CGCGAUUUGAUUUUUUUUCCUUUUUUUUUUUUUUGGCCACUCGAAAAGAAGACCUCCCAGGCAGGACCGGUGGGCUGCCUGUCCUCAGUGUCCACACUGUCCUCAGUGUCCUAGUCGUGACGUUUUCCCGACUGCGUCCUGCGCUUUAAGUGUGAUCGGAGCAAAACGGAGUAAAACGAAGACGACGAGAAACGACCUUCUCUGACUUCUGCAAUCAUGAUGUCCAUGAACAGCAAGCAAGCUUUCAGUAUGCAUCCGAUUCUCCACGAGCCCAAAUACACACCUCUGCACUCGAGCUCGGAGGCGAUCCGGCGGGCAUGUCUGCCCACACCGUCGCUGCAGGGAAACAUCUUCGCCGGGUUCGAUGAGACGCUCCUGCAGAGAGCCGAGGCUCUGGCCGCGGUGGACAUUGUGACCCAGAAGAGCCACCCGUUCAAGCCAGACGCCACGUACCACACCAUGACCACGAUGACGAGCAUGACAGGAACCCCGACGUCCUCCCCGGCGCACCUGCACCACCCGUCCGUGCUCACAUCUCACCAUCACGCACACCACCCGCACCACCACCACCAGCCGGCUCAGGGCCUCGAGGGCGACCUGCUCGAGCACCUCUCCCCGGCCAUCUCACUCGGCGGCAUGCCCACUGCCGCGGACGUGGCGUCGGGCGCGUCGCACGCGCACUCGCACAUGGCCGCCGCCAUCAACCACGCGCAGCACCCUCACCACCCGCACGCGCAGGCCGUGAACGUGCAUCACCCUCACCACGCCCUGGCCGCGCACGCCUCCCUCGCCAGCGUCAGUGCCGCGUCCGGGGACACCGAACCGGACCCGCGCGAGCUCGAGGCGUUCGCAGAGCGCUUCAAGCAGCGUCGCAUUAAGCUCGGCGUGACCCAGGCGGAUGUGGGCGCCGCGCUCGCCAACCUCAAGAUACCCGGCGUCGGGUGCCUGAGCCAGAGCACGAUCUGUCGCUUCGAGUCGCUCACGCUCUCGCACAACAACAUGGUGGCCCUGAAGCCCAUCCUGGAAGCGUGGCUCGAGGAGGCCGAAAGGGCGCAGCGCGAGAAGAUGGCCAAGCCCGAGAUCUUCAGCGGCGGCGACAAGAAGCGCAAACGCACAUCCAUCGCGGCGCCGGAGAAGCGCUCUCUCGAGGCGUACUUCGCCGUGCAGCCGCGGCCCUCGUCCGAGAAGAUCGCCGCCAUCGCCGAGAAGCUCGACCUGAAAAAGAACGUGGUGCGCGUCUGGUUCUGCAACCAGCGGCAAAAACAAAAGCGCAUGAAGUUCUCGGCGACGCACUGAACAAAACGCGCUCAUUCUCAUGGACAUCGAGGAACCCUAAAUCAGACAUCCCUAAUCCUAAAAACAUAAAUAAACAAAUAAAAAAAAGACAAAAACACAAACAAAAGCACGGAUCAGAGAGGCUAGAGAUCUGUCGGAGGAGGACCCACACACACACACACACAGCAGAAGAAGAAAAAAAACAGGGAAAGGUUCUGAAACUGGACGAAAGGAAAGAAAUGAAUCACUUAUUGUACAACCCCCCCAAAAGGAAAUAGAAUAAUAACAUAUUCUCUUAAAUAACUCUUUUAUAUUGAUUCAUGUACAUAACUGUGAAUACAUGACACCUCUGUGAAGAUCACCUCUUCAUCAUCCUCUUAGGUUUAUUCUCUUUUUAUUUUUUUCUCGAGAAAACAAAAGAAGAAAAGGGUUUUAAAAACUUUAAUGUGGUUCAGUGUUUCGGAAGAAGAAGAAGAAGAAGAGACUCGAUCUCAGUUACUACACGGAAUGACUGUCAUCCAUUUGCAUGGUUUACUGUAGGGCGCUUUGAUUAUUACAAACUCCCCCGGAUUGAUCGCAUCGCAAUAACACACACACACACACACACGGCCCAAGUCUGUGUCUACCUCAUGAUCCUGACACAUCUUUAGCCAUUUUAAGAUAAAAUAAUUAAUUGAUUGAUUAAGUAAAAAGCGACUUUCAAAUUUGCCAUCUUGUUUUGAAGAACAACAGAAUGUUUAAAAAAAAAACUCAACAGAUUGUUGUAUGUCUCAGCUAAUUUCACUGCAACGAUGCUUUGACAAUCAAGUGGUUAGUUAGAAUCAUGAUGGGCCUCUAUGUCUUCAUCUAACAUCUGCUCUAUAUGGACAUACAGUAGGCCUACGUUCCCUAUUAUUAUUAUUAUUAUUAUUAUUAUUAUUAUUAUUAUUAGGCCUGUGGAUGGAAACAUGGAGUCACUGCAUUCUGAAAAGUUCAUUGCACUUUGUAGAUAUUGUUGAGAUACCAAUUUUUGACUUAUUUAUAUUUAAAAAAAGAUUUUUAUUGUUUUGCUUUUUUUCGUAUUUACUUAUUUAUUUGACAUUAAUUCAUUUUGAAG